AUGGCACAAUUGACUACGACUAACAAUAAUUGGCCUGUUGCAAAGGUUCGGUCAACUUUUAUAUCAUACUUUGAGUCAAAGGGUCACAAGUAUAUACCUUCUUCCUCCACGAUACCCUUUGAAGACCCAACUUUAUUAUUUGCGAACUCGGGAAUGAAUCAGUUUAAAUCUAUAUUUUUGGCAACAGUUGACCCAAAUUCAGAACUUGGAAAGCUUAAGAGAGCGGCCAACAGCCAAAAAUGUAUUCGUGCAG